AUGAUGUCGGCUGAAGAGGAUCGUUUGUCAGCUGGCGCACAGGCCAAAGAUGAGGAGCAAGGUGUUGUUAACAAGAACACCGAAAAGCUGGCGGAUGAAGACAUUCCUGCAGAGAAUGUGACAAAUGAAGACAGUCCAAGCAAACAAAGAAUCGCGAUCAUAUUGCUUGGCUUAGGUUUGUCUGUCUUUCUUGCCGCAUUGGACAUUACUAUCGUGUCUACUGCUCUCCCCGAGAUUGUCGCCCAUUUCAAAGCCUCUGAUUCUGCAUACUCAUGGAUCGCAUCAUCCUAUCUAUUGACCAAUGCAUCGUCGGUAGGCUUAUGGGGUAGACUAAGUGACAUCUGGGGCCGAAAGCCUAUUUUGAGCACAUCUAUCAUCCUGUUCCUAGGUGGAAGUUUAAUUUGUGGAUUGGCGAUCAAUGUUUCAAUGUUGAUCGCAGGCCGUGCCUUGCAGGGCAUAGGUAGUGGUGGAAUCACCGUGAUGGCGAAUAUCUGCGUGUCCGAUCUCUUCGAUGUGCAAAGACGCUCUGCUUACUUGGGUAUCUUUGGCGCGACAUGGGCUAUCGCAGGUGCGGUUGGCCCUGUAAUUGGUGGUGCCUUCACCACAUACGUGACUUGGCGAUGGUGCUUCUAUAUUAACUUACCUGUUGGGGGCGUAGCUUUUCUUUUCUUGAUGUUCUUCCUCAAGAUUGACACCACAAAGAAAUCCUUGAUUGAUGGAUUGGCCACUAUUGAUUGGAUUGGCGUGGCGUUGGUCAUUGCUGGAACGAUCAUGCUUCUCCUCGGACUGGAAUUUGGAGGCGAUCAAUUCAGCUGGUCCUCCGCGACAGUAAUUUGCCUAAUUGUGUUCGGAGUGGUUGCUUUGAUCAUCUUUGGCAUAUACGAGCGGUUUCCCUCGUCUCCAAUUAUACCCUUAGCGGUUUUCAACAGCUGGCAGAACAUCGCGCUUCUUUUAGUGAAUUUCUGCCAUGGUGCUGUAUUCAUUGGAGGCUGUUUCUAUCUCCCAGUCUAUCUCCAGAAUGUUCUUCUGGAAAGCUCUCUAAUGAGUGGUGUCCUUCUUCUGCCUUUGGUAGGCGCCUUAGCUAUAUCGUCUGGCUUAGCUGGCUGGUAUCUGCGAUCGACCGGCCGUUUCCGCGAAGUCAUUAUCUUUGGCAUGUUUUUCACAACUCUCGGCUACGGUCUCUAUUUGGAUCUGAAGCCUUACGCAUCCUGGUCUCGCAUCGUGCUGUAUCAAAUGAUUGUGGGUCUUGGAUUGGGGCCUAACUUUCAAGCAACGCUGAUCGCAUUGCAAGCUAAUGUAAAGACUUCGGAGAUGAGUCAGGCUACGGCUGCAUUUUCACUUGUUCGGCAAUUGGCGGCGUCUAUCUCCGUCGUUGUUGGUACGGUGAUCUAUAACCACGAAGUCGCAGUCAAGAAAGCUAGAUUAAUGGCGGCUGUGGGAUCUAACCUGGCAAGUGAGAUCGUUGCCGCGUCUACUGCUACAGCAGCCCUCACACGAGAGCUGCCUGGUGAUGAGAAGCAGAUUGUUUUUGACGUUAUUACAAAGGGUCUCUUCUACGUUUGGCUGCUUUACUUAUGUAUAUCAGUCCUUGGGCUGGCUCUUUCAUGUACCCUAAGGAAUAUGCGUAAAGAGACAUCUUAG